AUGGUGCGACAACCUAAGAAGCUUACGGACUGCCCGGAAAACCUCCGGGAGUCCAUCGACUGGUUGAUCCAGGUUAAGCAUGGGAAUGGUGAUGGCCUUGGGCCUUUGGCUGAGGCUUUGAAAAAGUUGAUUACUGAGGCUAUUACGAAGGCUGAAACGAGUCUUACUGAAAGGCAAAAGGAACUGGAUUGCCAUAAAAAUUUUGAGCAUUGUAAAGCGUUGAAGGAGAAAAUUAACGGAGCCAAAGAUGAUGAAAAAUCUAAGUUACAAUCCAAGUAUAAUGGCCAUUACUCCGAAGUACAUGGGUCUGAGUCUAAAAGAAAGAGUGCUGAGAAGGAUCUUGCUGAGCGUAAGAAGUCCCUUGAAAGUCUCAAAACAUCUCUUAAAAUAUUUACUGAUGAAAAAAAUUCUCAGCCUGUUAAGGAUUUAUUAACAAAUCUCACUGAAGGUUUAGAAAAGUUCCUAGGUUACAACUCUGAUUCCAAAGGCUACGACGGCUCCGGCAUCGUGUACUCGGACCUCGACAGGCUGUGCGACGGGGUGAUGGCGUUCUUGCACGGGGUGCUCAGUGGAGUAAAGGAUGAUGAUGAUGAAGUUUCUUAUUGA